GGUCCACCAUAUUUGCACUCCGAUGGUCUCCGCCAUCCGCGUCAACAGACAAACCGUCAUUUCCACGUCAACCAGACAGAUGGCCAUCUUUCCCCACCAUGGCGUCGCCAACAACACAUCCGCUUGGCCUUCUCGAUGAGGCCAUCGAUGCAAUUAGCGCUAACCGACUGCGUGAUUUUGUGCGCGAACUAUGCACGACUUCGGAGGCAGCCCGCAAACAUUUCAGCGACAAGCUGCUGGUCGCACAGGCUCUGCCAGUGAUCGAUCUGACGACUGAGGAUGCGGACAACAAGCCUGCGGAGGGAAGCGCGUCGACGGAGCAAAAGCGAAAGCAUACGCGACAGCGCUACGAAGUAUGCGAGCAAUGCAACGACGAAUACGAUGUCGAAACCAAUGGCCCUACAAGCUGUGUAUGGCAUGAUGGGGAUGCCGACCCCGAUUAUGACGGCGACUUCUGGGCGGACCACGACGAGCAAUGUCAUGGUACGAUUGACUCUGAGUGGGCGCGAAAAGAAUUUCCCGAAGGCUUCAUCUGGAACUGCUGUGAGAAGAUAGGUGCGGAUGCUGAGGGAUGCCACACAGGAGCGCAUGUACCCGGAGGUAGGAAGAAAGCUAGGAGUCUCCACUAACGAAGCCGUUCACCUGGCCCUAGCAAAAUGCGCCGGCUGCUUUCCACGCAUGUACUUUAGUUAUCUCCUCAAGGGUAGGAAUGGCUGCGAGACCAACAGCUCCCAGAUUUACAUUUUUUCCAUGUAAAAACUCGCACCCAAACCUGGGUAUGUACUCCUAUCAGCGUCCCACCUGCUCUCUACGCGCAGCCACUCAGCGGCACUUCACUUUGCUCGUGUCAUGCAGCGCAUCGAUGAUGCCGGGGAAGUUAGCACCAAAUGGAUCCCUUGCUCCGCUGGAGGCAAAGUCCAUUAAUAUGUCACUUUCGGG